AUUUUAAGUUUUGCCGACCUCAGCCUCGAACAGCUAGAUGAUGAGAACAAUAGUUAGAACAAAUCAAUUGCUAAGCAACCGCAUUCGCCUUCAAAACCCAAAGCUAUUUCGACAAAUCCAGCAUCUGCCCGCGACUCUCAUCAUGAUCUAACAACACAACCAACGUUCAACCGAAACCAAAAACAAUGGCACCCUCCGCCAUCGACCCUCCAACCCAAAUGUCAGAGCCCAGCUCUACGAUUCCACCCCCUCGAUUAUACUACCCCGAAGAAGCGCAUUUCCGACGAUUCAUCAAACCCAAGGCAGAUGGAUACCAGAAAGCAAAAUCGCUAGGACACGACAAAGCGACGAUUGUCAUCGACAAUGGUUCUUCUACGACGAGGGCUGGAUGGUCUUUCGAAGAAGCCCCGCGCAUGAAUCUCACGCCCAUAUACUCGAAAUAUAGAGACCGGAAGCUGGCCAAGUCGUAUUCCUUCGUUGGCAAUGAUAUCUACACGGACACUACGGCGCGGGGGCACAUAAGAAAUGCUUUUGAGGCUGGCAGUGGUAUUGUCAGUAACUGGGAUGUUAUGGAAGCGUUGUUGGAGUACAUCUUCAUUAAAUUAGGUGUGGAUGGCUCGAAUGGGGGUAUCGAUGUACCGAUUAUCAUGACUGAAGCCGUUGCCAAUCUUCCAUACUCGCGGAAAUCUAUGACAGAAAUCAUCUUCGAGGCAUACCAGGCACCAUCGUUAGCCUAUGGCAUCGACUCACUAUUUUCCUACGACUAUAAUAAUGGCAAGACAGGACUUGUUGUAUCUUCUUCACAUAGUUCUACGCAUCUCAUACCCGUUCUCAAUUCAAAAGCUAUCCUAUCACAAGCAACACGACUGAAUUGGGGUGGAUCACAAAGUGCCGAGUAUCUCCUGAAGCUACUCCGUCUCAAGUAUCCUACUUUCCCAGGCAGACUCAACUCUUCCCAAACAGAGUAUAUGCUUCGCGAGCAUUGCUAUGUGUCGCAAGAUUACGACAACGAAUUGAGCAAGUAUCUUGACUGGACUGGAUUAGAGGAUCGCGAUCAUGUCAUCCAGUACCCUUUCACUGAAGAGAUUAUCGUGCAGAAGAGUGAGGAAGAGCUCGCGAGGAUAGCCGAGAAGAGGAAAGAAAGUGGUCGAAGAUUACAGGAGCAAGCUGCAAAAAUGCGUCUAGAGAAGCUAAUUCGUAAGGAACAAGAACUCGACUAUUACAGAGACCUGCAAAGCAAGUUAGCAGAUCAGAGCAAGAAGGAAAUCAAGCGGUUGCUGGAUGCUGAGGACCUGAAGGACGAAGCCGCUCUUGAACGAACGAUCAAAGAACUCGACAAGUCCAUUCGAAAAGCACGUACGAAAGAUGUGGGAGGUCCAGAAAUCGAAGAAGAGGUUGAAGAGCCCGAUUUCAGCUUACUGGAAGUCCCAGAUGACCAGUUAGAUGAAGCAGGCAUCAAGCAGAAGCGCCACCAACGCCUCAUGAAAUCUAAUCACGAAGCACGCGCUCGAGCCAAAGCCGAAAAGGAGAAGGAAAGGGCGAGGCUCGCCGAGGAGCAACGAGCAGACGAGGAAAAGAGAGAGAAUGAUCUUGAGGGAUGGCUGCAGCAACGGCGAACUGCUCGAGCCGAACUAGUCCAAAAGAUGAAGGACCGCGAACGCCUCAAAGCAGACCUGGGGAACCGCAAAUCCCUAGCAAGCCAGAUCCGCAUGAAGAGCAUCGCGAACCUCGCCUCCGAUAACCCGACCAAGAAGCGUCGGCGAGGGGGCGACGACGACAACUUUGGCGCCAACGACGACGAUUGGGGUGUGUACCGGCAGAUCGCAACCGGUGAGGGCAGCGACGACGAGGAGGAAGAGGACCUCGGCGCGAACCUGAAGACCCUGGAACAAGACCUGCUGAAAUACGAUCCCGAAUUUACCGACCAGCACACGCUGGACGCCCAAACGGACUGGACCAAGAGCCUCGUGCAUGCGUUUCUCCGCGGGCCCAGACCCUUCGAUCUCAAGAGCCAAGCAGAAGCCCACCAGCUGCAUUUGAACGUCGAGCGGAUCCGCGUCCCAGAAGUCAUCUUCCAGCCCUCAAUCGCGGGCCUGGACCAAGCAGGCAUCGUGGAGAUCGCAGCCGAUAUCCUGAACCACCGCGUGAGCGGCCGCGACGAUUUCCUAAGGGAUAUCUUCUUGACGGGCGGCAGUACGCUGUUCCAGAACUUCGAUGAGCGGUUGAGGGACGGGUUGAGGGCCGCGUUACCAGCAGAUGCUCCGCCGGUUGUGAGGAGGGCUAAGGAUCCUGUGCUCGAUGCGUGGAAGGGCGCUGCGAAGUGGGCAGGUGGGAGCGCGUGGAAGACGGCGGCGGUCACGAGGGAGGAGUAUUUGGAGAAAGGGGCCGAGUAUAUGAAGGUAUGUUGACUAAUCGAGCUUGGCUUCUUCGCUGGUGGUCCAC